CACAGAUACGGUUCAGCAGUGACCUGUCGAUAUGCGGAAGUGAAGCGAGGCUCAGAGUUAUUGAUCAGGUCCAUGUUUAAUGUUUCUUCUUUUGAUUGGUUGGUUUUAAUGAUGUCGGAAUGUUAAUGAGGCCCGGCACAGCUGCGCGAGGGAACAUGUACCGGUAUUUUCCCGUGGGAAGUAUUUCUGUGUGACCGAACUUCACAUCAACACCGGAACGACUUCAACAUGUUCUUCAAGUCACCCGAGGAAAGCUUUGAGCUGUGGGAAGGACCAAAGGACGGUUACACCAGUGAGCCUUUACUUCCUUCAGUGUCCAACCAGAGGACAUUUGACUACAUAUUGGUGGCCCACAAGGUGGAAGAUGAAAUGGACCAGAAGGCUCAGAGACGGAGAGCCUUUCUCGGGGAGCUAGAGAGGAAAAAUAUCACCGUCACUAAGGUCGACCAUGAUGACAAAGUGUUUUACGGCAUCCGUGCUCCCAAUGAGAUAUUUAAAGACUACCAGUACCUGCUCAAAGUCUCCGACUCCUGCAACUGGUGUGGAGAUGUGAGGGGCUCCGUCACCCAGGCUACCAGAAUCCGAAUCGUCCAUUUCAUCCUUCAUCGGACCUUCAUCGGCACAGGAGAGAACCUGCGGGAACUGUUGGAGAAGGAUGUGUUUGAAACCACAUUUUGCCUCCAUGAGAGAAAGAUGCAAAAAGAGCUGAAGAGGAAAUGGGCUCGAUGGUCGGCUCUGUUUACGGGACAACCAGUCACCGACGUCAAGUGUUACUUUGGAGAGAAGGUGGCUCUGUACUACCUGUGGCUGGGCUGGUACACCAAGCUGCUGGUCCCAGCUGCCGCUCUGGGAGUCGUAGUGUUCCUGUAUGGACUCGCCUUUUUCAACACCAACCCUCUCAUUAAGGAAGUGUGUCAGUCCGGUGUCAUUAUGUGUCCUCGCUGUGACAAUUGUACAGUGUGGAGGCUGUCAGACACCUGCACCUACGCCAAGGUCAGCCACCUGUUUGACAAUGAGGGCACUGUGGCUUUUGCUAUGUUCAUGGCGAUCUGGGCCACUCUGUUCCUGGAGCUGUGGAAGAGACACAGAGCCAGAGCCGUGUCUAAGUGGAAGGUGUAUGACUGGUGUGAGGAGGAGGAGGAACUGAUCAUGGAAAUAGUCAAUGAUCCACACUGUAAACCCAAACAGUUCAGACACUCCUACCUGCGCAGCACUCUGGUCCUCAUUCUGGUAACUGUCAUGCUGAUGAUAAUCAUCGGUCUCACUCAUGCCCUGGUGGUGUUUCGAGUGGUGGCGGCCCCCUCGAUGUCUCAGUGGGACUUUAUCGGUGAUUAUGCCAACACUGUGGCCGUGAUGCUGGGAGCUGUGCUGCACUACAUCACCAUUCAGAUCAUGACCCGGGUGAACAGAUGGGUGUCCCUCAAGCUGUGUAAAAUAGAGAAGACAAACUCUUUCGCUGCCACAGAGAGGAACUUCACCGUCAAGAUGUUCACCUUCCAGUUCUUCACUCUCUUCUCCUCACUCUUCUAUGUGGCCUUCUUCCUGGGCAGGAUAAACGGCCAUCCAGGAAACUAUGUUCGCCUCGCUGGAUUCAGACUGGAGGAGUGCCAUCCCAGUGGCUGUUUAACGGACCUCUUCAUCCAGAUGGCUGUUAUCAUGCUGCUCAAACAGACUCUCAACAACAUCUUUGAGUUCACUGUGCCCUGGUUGAAGAGCUGUCUGAGCAGAAACACUGCGAAGAAGCUGCAGAGGAAGUGCGGUAACUGUUACAGGAAGGCCUGCCGUGAUGAAAGCAAGCAGAUUGAACCGUGUGACAUCUGCAAACUUCGGGACUGGCUGAAGAAUUACCACCUGGCCGACACAGACGCCUUCAGUCUGUUCAAUGAGUUCCUGGAGAUGGUGGUCCAGUUCAGUUUCACCACCAUAUUCGUGGCAGCGUUCCCCCUUGCCCCCCUGCUGGCUCUCAUUAACAACAUCUUUGAGAUCCGCCUGGACGCCAUCAAGAUGGUCCGCCUGGAGCGGCGGCUGGUUCCCCGGAAGACCAACGACAUCGGUGUGUGGACGAAGGUGCUGGAGGCCAUCGGCGUGUUAGCAGUGAUUGCUAACGGUCUGGUUAUUGGAAUCUCAUCAGACUUUAUUCCACGCCUCGUCUACCGUUACAGCUACGGCCCCUGUGCUAAUGGAACAACUCACGAACACUGCAUGCAGGGCUACAUCAAUGACACCCUGUCCACGGCUAAUGUGACACACUCAGGAGUUGAUGUCUUUAGCACAGACCAGAUGAAGAUAGAUGGUCUCAACGUCACACAGUGCAGCUACAGAGACUACAGGAAUGAGGACUACGCUCUGACCCAUCAGUUCUGGUUGGUCUUGGCCGUGCGCUUUGCCUUUGUCAUCCUGUUUGAGCAUGUUGUGGUGGUGUGUAAGUUUAUAGCGGCCUGGUUCGUCCCCAACAAUCCCAUCCGUGUGAAGAACGAUCGGCUGCACGACAAAAUGGAUCGGCUGAAGGUGGAGCUGCGUGACAUGAAACGGAGCAAAUCAACAGACGUCUGACCGCCCACAGCUGACCUCAGAUCUGCCUCGGCUGGCUCCAGCAUCAGGGAGAGAUUCUUUUUUUUUUUUUUUUAAUUAAUAUUUGGUGUUGAAACAAGAGACUGGACUGAGACUCUGAUGUUGUGUGAGGUUUAUGUGUCAGGGUGUCAUUGGACUUUAUGUCACCACACAGCCAUCACACUACGUCUAACAACAGCUGACAGUCGUCAUGUUUUUAUAUUAAAAUGUAAGAAAGAUUUAAUUUUUGUCUUUUGAUGUUGAUGUUUUUGAUGAGUUUUCCCUGUAAAGGAACAGUUUGACAGUUUUCUGCGCAGCGUUAGACGAGAACAUCAUCACUGCACACUUUACAUGAUGACCGUGAACUGUCCCUGUACCUGCUCUUUAAUUCCUGAGCACUUAAAUGUGUGUUCAUGCACUUACUUUAUGCAGGUAAUACACAAGUUUGUCUCAUGUCACAGUCCCCUUAACCCACACUGUCCUAAGCUGCCUCAUAGCUCAAUGCAUCCCACAAUGCACCACAGUCUUCUGCUCCACAUCAGUCCAGCUGUUGAUGGUCGGGCACCAUUAAAGUUCAUGUUGGAUUCAGACUUAAUAUUAUUACUUAUGUCCAAACAUUACCAAAACCUUCACAGAUGGUUCUCACUUAAUUUGAAAAUCCUCAUGAUGAGACUGAUCAGAAUAAUAUCACAUAUCUGACACUGUCAACUUACAUAUUUAUCAACAGGGCCUUUUUUCAGUAAUUAAGAAAAAUAUGUUUCUUUCUUAAAACUUUAUCAGACAAAACCCAUAAAAAUAAUAUCACAUCACAUCUUUUAUCCAGUGGACCAAUGUGCUUCUAGAUAACUGAAUGUUUUUAUUCUCCUCUCAGCUGCGAAAUUUUAUUUUGCUUUUUUUUUUUUUUUUUUUACUGUCAUCUGAUUGUAACUGUAAUGUUGUAUGGUUGAUUUUGUGUAUUUUUUCCAUAACACAAUCACUGGAAAAAAUGUUGGCAUUGUUGGUUUCUGCACAGGGUGGCAGCGGGUCCUUAAAAUGUCUUAAAUUUAGAUUGAAUGGGUCUUAAAUGUUUUUUAGUCACAUUGUUACGGCUGUGUAUGUGUUCUGUGCUGCUGUCUCUUUUCACUGAUGUAGGUUUUGCUGGUGGUGCUGUAGGAAAGAUUUUAACAGGAGGGAAAAACUAUUCAACGGGGUACCAGACUUCGACACCUGUAUGUGCUCAGUGCCUAUUUGUGCCCCCUUAGUGCACUUAGAUCACACAGUGAGUCUGCAUCAGUAAACUCAGACCUUGCAAGCUAUGAAAAAUGGGAUAAUUGUAGUGUAAGGACAAAUAGCUAGUGUUGGAGCAAUUAUUCAUGGUGAUUAAAGCCAGUGCCUGUUAAGAGCCAGUUUACACAGCAAACUGCGUUGUAUGUCGAAGGUGUUUCAGACGUGGUAAAAUGGGUAUCUGAGCUGUGGAAUUGAACACGCAGAGAAAAUAUUGUCAGGGUCAUUUUUACUGUUCAUUUUGAACUGACAUCAAUGUCUUUACUUGGAAAGAGUUUAUGUUCACUUUUGAUGUGUAUUUCCAUCGCAAGUUUGGUCUUAAAUUUCAUUUUAAGUGGUGUUAAGAAGGUCUUUAAAAGUCUUUUAUUUAACUCGUUUAUACCUGCAGACACCCUGCUGCACACCACGCAUAUGUUACAUUAAUACAUUUCUUUGUAUGAUGAAACUUUGUUUCUCAACAACGCUGUGGUGAAGGUGUGGUUACGUUAACGCGCUAAAACCACACAGUUAUGGUUCGGAAAAGAUCGUGUUUUGGCUUGAAAUACCCACGUUUGGUGGGAGAAAAGCUGCUCGAAAAUGCCACAAAGGGUCGCUAACAAACAGCCUGCUUUGUAGUUUGUUGGUCUUGAGCAGUGGUCUGCAGCUUGGCACGCAUCUCUCCUAGGAGUCACACCAUCCACCAUCCCCUCCACCUCCUGACAGCAAAGUCAGCUCACAUGCUACGUCACUUUGAAACAUUGAUAUGAUUGGUAUGAAAUGUACAAAUGUAACAUAUCCAUGUUUUGCAGGAACAUACAAUGCCAACAUUUUCUUCUGCUUCUGGCAGAGCAUAUGAGCUCCACUGAGUGUGUUUAGGGAGCCACAGGAUGUCCUCAGGACAGUGUCCCUGUCGUCUCCCUCACGGACUCCUUCAUUCAUUUAGAAAUAUCAUAUUGUGUUUUAAUAUCCAAACCAAAGAAAAUGAGCUGAGUAUUUUUUUAUUCACAUCUGUAGUUUGUGAUACGUCUGAAAUACAAACAUCUGUUCCACCUCUGUUUGCUUCUGCCCCCUGUAUAAAAAUUAGGCUUUGAAUAACAUAUCGGUAAGGAAUCAUUUAUUUGAUCUAGCUCCAGCAGACAGCACAUCAGAUAGUUACAACAUUCGUUACCUGUCACCUGGCGUACCGAAACAACUCUACUCUUUAUCCUCUUAAAACGAUAUUGGCUCAGUUUUUAAAAAAUCCUUUCAAUUCUUUUGAUCGGUGGACCAUUUUGGAUUAAAGGAAUAUAAAUAGGAAUAUGUUCGGACUUUAUGACCAUCUCAGUUGCAGGCAGUCACCACCUUUUUUUUUGGUCUCCUGUUUACCAUAUACUGUUGUGUUGAAGACUGUUUCUACGCCGAUAUGUUUUUCCCUCCACCCUAACCUGACCCAGACCCUGAGCCCUAACCCUCAUGGUUUUAGUAAAAUGACCUAGACAAUUAAAUUGUGACGGUCAAAUCUAACCGAGCUAACAUGUAUAUAGCAUGUCCAUAUUAACCCUUUCAUGCAUAGUGGUCACGACAGGGGACAGUUAUUUUAAAGCCAUUUUCUUGUACAUGCUUGGGUUUUGAUGCUGUACGUAGUUGCAUGUAAGUCACUACAGUUUAUCCCAGUGUGUCUUGCCAUACACUGCCACCCAUUGGCCAGGUGUUGUCAGUGCAACACAAAGCUUUCAAAACCAAGAUGGCCGACAGAUGGCAAGAGGUGUUGUGCAGCUCAGGAGUUUAUCUCCAGUCUUGCUACAAUACGAGGCCCUUGCAGGUAAAUAAAAAAUGUUAAUAUCAAGUAACAUCUCAGGAGUUAUAGUUGUUAAAAUUUUCAAGUAUUGAUUUUAUGUUGGGAAGAAAUAACAAUUAAUCAUCUGUCCGGUAAACUGGACGUCAUGCAGCACUGGUUAUAUUUUAGCUACAAUUAAUACCUUUACUGAAACCUUGCACUUCAUCUCGAGUGACUUUUUGGGCUGUGAAUAAAUUAAUUUAUGUUCUCAGAAUGUAACUUGAAAUUUUUGUGACAAAAACAAUAUUUUGAUAAGAGCGUUGUUGAAACAUAAAGUUUUAACAUCUGCUAGCAUCCGUGGUUUGCAGUUGCCAACAUUUUUUUUUUUCUGGCAACUGGGUUUCAGAGUCAAUCUGAGCAACAGUUUCUCUCACUGAAGCUUCCAAAAUAUCCAGCUGUCAUCAAAAUGUGUUUUUGUUAAAGGUAUAUUCUGCAGGAUUUUUUUUUACGAAAAUGAUACAUAAACGAAUCAAUGAAUCAUCUCAUCUCAAUCAUCAUUUAUGACCCGCUAGAAGAGUCUGGCCAUAUCAUUUUCAGCAGCCCAUAUUUUCUUAUUUUGCUGUUUCAGGACGUUUCAGGGUACAAGGUGUGGGUGA